GGGCUCCUUCGCCUCCUUUUGACCUUUCACCCCAAGAUGGCGGCGCCCGUCGGUCCGCUGAAGUUUUGGAAGCCGGGUAAGGGCUGAACCUCUUGGGGAAGGGGGGUGGGAGUGCAAGAAGCUGAGGUGGGGGGGCGCGCCGGGGGAAGCUUUGGCGGAAGCGCCUCUUCGCGCGGCUGAAGGGCUCGGUGGGCGGGGUCCGAGGCGCUUUCCUUGCGGAGGACGGAGAGGAGAAGAAGCCUGUUUCUCUUUCCCCUGCCGCUGCAAAGGCUGCAUUGUCUGGGGGGUGGAUAAUCAUCUCCCCACACCCACCCCAGGCCGUAUAUUCGUAGGACAAACCAAAAUAAAAACACUGCAGGCGUGUGAGGCUCCUUGGACUUAACGGUCCUUCCUCGGGAACGUGGCGGCGUGAGACGGGGUACUCUGCACGUGCUCGAGAGCACCUUCACCCGCGCCGUCCUUACGCUGUUGCUGCUGGUUUGAAAAAACGGGUGCUCGAGUGAGCUGUGCUGUAAACGGAGCUUAUAGCGCUACUCCCAGCUUUCUGGUGGGAUAUAAAUAGAUAUAGGUGAUUGACGGAUAGAUACAGUGCUUUUUUCUAGGGGGCGCAUACCCCUAAACAUUUUGUGAAUCUAAGUUUGGCCUCAUUGAGGGGCAUUAAUUCAAUAUGAGUAAGAAAAUCAGAGUACCCCAUUUAUUUAUUUUCAGAAAAAAAGCACUGGGUAGAUAACUAGAUGUUGUCGUUGUUUAGUCGUUUAUCCGUGUCCGACUCUUCGUGACCCCGUGGACCAGAGCACGCCAGGCACUUCUGUCUUCCACUGCCUCCCACAGUUUGGUCAAACUCAUGCUGGUAGCUUCGAGAACACUAUCCAGCCAUCUCGUCCUCUGUCGUCCCCUUCUCCUUGUGCCCUCCAUCUUUCCCAACAUCAGGGUCUUUUCCAGGGAGUCUUCUCUUCUCAUGAGGUGGCCAAAGUAUUGGAGCCUCAGCUUCACAAUCUGUCCUUCCAGUGAGCAUUCAGGGCUGAUUUCCUUCAGAAUGGAGAGGUUUGAUCUUCUUGCAGUCCAUGGGACUCUCAAGAGUCUCCUCCAGCACCAUAAUUCAAAAGCAUCAAUUCAACUAGAUAGGUAUAGUAUAUUGCAGUGAGGGGGGAGGGUCUGCGUUGGAGUCCUCUUUCAGUUUCACUGCUUCCUGUUAAUAGGUACUCAAAACCGCUUUGAAACACCCCCACCAUCGUAUGGUAUAUAAGGCAAAAACACUCCUCUUUUCCCCAGCUAAUUAAACAAUGUAUGGCCUUUUAAACUCGGGGUGUGUGUGUGUGUAUCGUGUUUAUUACUAUGUAGUGUAUUUUUGUGUUAAGUGCCCUGUGAUCCUCGGAUGAAGCAUGGUAUAGAAAUUUAAUAUGAAUGAAUGAAUGAAGCAUAAUGAGCCUACACUCAGCUUAAUAGGCAAAGAACCUCAUUCUGGGUUCCCAUUCUGAACCAGGCUCAUUAGGAACUCUGUUCUGCUCAGUGGAAUUUACCUUGGGGUAAAUGUACAUAUGGCAAGACUGCAAUCCUUAUAUUUAAUUGUCAUACUUCUACCCUGCCACUUGGAAUAAAGCUGUAUUAUAAACCAUGGGACUUUUUCAGUUUAAACCUAGCAGUGAUUGGCUUUGCAUCUUUUCUGCCUGCAGUUUAUCAAACGAAAGAAUGCUUGUUUCAACAGAUGUUAUCUAGUGCUAACGCAGUGGUUCAAACAAAUGGGAGAAGUUUAAACCAUAUAUGUAAUUUGUUGCACAGAGCUGUAAUAAUAAUAUGGAAUGUUUCCAUAUUGAUCUCUGCACAUUAUUAAAAGGGCAAAAUUUGAAAACAAGGGACAUCUGUGAAAUAUUAGGAAAAGCUUGUGUGUGACUGAAAAAGCAACAAGGUCAACAUUUUCAUCUGGUGAAAUUAGAUCCCGUCCUCAUUGGCUCAUGGCUAAUGAAACAAUACAAACUUAGCAGUAAAGGGUUUCUGCAGUGCUAAGCAAUCUGCAUGCUACGUCUUUGAUAUAUGCAUGAUGCUCUUGAGAUUAUUGUCCUGUGAAGGAUAAUUAGCAGACAGUGUUUCACUGCGUGGAUGAAAUUUUAUAGGCCUAUUAAUAUUUAUUUAAAUUAGAGUAUUGCUCACUUUGGGGUCUGGAGCUAACCUGCCCAAAAAUUCAAGAACAGUGUUUGUAGUAAUAGUUUCUUUUAGUGUAUAUGUCUUUGUGCCUUGUCAGAAGUUAGUACACGUUUUUGUUUGCACUGUUUCUAUCAUAAAGUGCUGCACAGGAGUGUAAGUAAUUGGGAGAGUUAUGCUUCCACUUUGGUAGAACAAAUAUAAAUAAUAGCCUUUAGGCUGCUAUCCUAUACACACUUACAUGGGAGUAAGGCCAACUGAACACAUUUAAAGUUACUGCUGAGUAAACAUGCAUAUGAUUGCACUGUUAUUGUUAUGUAAAUGUUUGUUUUGGGUAUAUGUGAAAUUGUUGAAGUCAAGUCAUUGCAAUCUUAUUUAUACUCACCUGAGAGGGAGCUCAGUUGAACUUAGUGGGUCUCUUUUCUGAAUCAACAUGCAGAGGAUCAGUGGUGGACUUUGGGCUCUCAAAUUUCAGCGGCGCCCUCUGUGAUGCUAAAAUUUGGUGCCCUCACUUGCACUCCGUUCUACAGCAUUGUUGUGGCACUGCACCCUAAAACUGCCUCUGAUAAGAUUGAUCUUCGAGCUGGGCUAGGAAACUUAAUCAGGCAACUACUGUCAUAUGACUGUCCUAAAUCAACAUUCAGCUUCAUUGGAUGUCCCCAAAUUCUAGUAUUAUGGAAGAGGGAGAAAGCCUUCAUGACACCUUGCCUAAUUUUAUCAUGAUCUUUACUCACCUUCUGUCUAACCUAAAAAAAGAAAAAAAUCUGUCUUCAUCCGGGAGUUGCUCCAGCACUGUUUUUUUACUCUUUUCAGCACCCUUUUCUGUUUAAUAUCAUUUUUUGGGCAUAGUAAUAAUAAUAAUAAUAAUAAUAAUAAUAAUAAUUUAUUAUUUGUACCCCGCCCAUCUGGCUGGGUUUCCCCAGCCACUCUGGGCGGCUUCCAACAAAGAUGAAAAAUACACUAAAAUGUCACAUAUUAAAAACUUCCCUGAACAGGCCUGCCUUCAGAUGUCUUCUGAAUGUCAGGUAGUUGUUUGUCGCUUUGACAUCUGAUGGGAGGGCGUUCCACAGGGCAGGUGCCACUACCGAGAAGGCCCUCUGCCUGGUUCCCUGUAACUUGGCCUCUCGCAGUGAGGGAACCGCCAGAAGGCCCUCGGAGCUGGACCUCAGUGUCCGGGCAGAAUGAUGGGGGAGGAGACGCUUCUUCAGAUAUACUGGACCGAGGCCGCAUAGCAACCGGAAAUGUGAAUACAGUGGUACCUCGGGUUACAGACACUUCAGGUUACAGAUGCUUCAGGUUACAGACUCCGCUAACCUAGAAAUAGUACCUCGGGUUAAGAACUUUGUUUCAGGAUGAGAACAGAAAUCGUGCUCCAGCAGUGCGGCAGCAGCCGGAGGCCCCAUUAGCUAAAGUGGUGCUUCAGGUUAAGAACAGUUUCAGGUUAAGAACGGACCUCCAGAAUGAAUUAAGUUCUUAACCCGAGGUACCACUAAUAUUUCUAGGGCAGUCAACCAUAUAUCUGUAUGAAGGCAUUAUGAUACUAACAGAUUUAUUUUCAGUUCCUUUCCUAAAGAUCCCCAGCAUGAGAAUUGGAUGUUUGUUCCUACUCUUGUUUUCUGUUUUCUAACCUGUUGCUGAUUCAUAAAGUGGAUUUCUUGCCUCAUAUUAUGUGAUUGCAAAUUUAUUCAGGAGUCAUUGGUGAGGGACUUCAUCAAAAGUUUUUUGAAAGUUCAAGUACACAAUAUUUUUCCAGAUUUCACCUAUCUACAUGCUCACUGACACACUCAAAAAGGUUAGUCAGAUGCUAGUCAGUCUUGCUCCAGCAAGACCUGCACUUCUAUAUGCUUGGUAAUUUUAUCUACACAUAUUGAUUGGCAUUGAGGAAAUUACUGCUGCUUUUUGAAACUGGUUCUUUUGAGCAUACUGGAUGGUAAAUUUAAUCUGAAACUAUUUUUUUUAAGUAUUAUACUGCUGUUUAUUUACCACAGGCAAUGUUUCAAAUUAAACCUUCCAACUCUUAUGACCUUGACUGCCAUAGAAACUAUAAUUUGAUUGGAUUUUAGGUUCUACCAAUUCUUUUGUUAGCUACUGACAAGAACAUUGCAUUUGCAGAAGUGAUGUACAUGAUUCAUGCCAUAUAUAUUUAUGAUACAUCUUUGGACAUUGUGUUGCUUCUAUUGAUCACCAGCAUGAGCCAAGUUUUAACAAAGAUUGUGCUUGAACUCUCAGAUAUUUUUAAUUGGAACUGUCGAGAAACAGGCCAGGAAGUAAUGUUUCUUAUUGCCUCUGCAGGAAUAAUUUGGAAGUGACCAAUUACUUCAUUAUUGCCUGAAUUCAUUUUUUGUGUACCUGUAGAAUAUGGUGGUAGAUGUAUAAUGAAUGUGAAACAUUAGCUAUCAAUUAUGAGUUGUAUACAAUUAAGCCCUCCUCAGCGACCCAUUGAAAUUGAUAAAACCAAAGGUAGUCACGUUUAUUAACUUCAAUGGGUCUAUUAGCAGAACAAGUAUUGAAUUCUGCAUUAUGCCUGUAUUGUCCCCAUGCUGAUACCUUUCCCAAGUAAGAUCUAGUUUGUUUGAGGAGUGAUGGUUUCUUUGGGACCAUUUAGUGCUGCACAGUUGAGUCAACAACAAGCCAUGGCAAUGAUUUGUCCUUGAAUAAGAAAUCACCCGGAGACGAUCUUCAGUUUGUCCAAAACGUCACGAAGAACAGCCAAUUGAAGCAUAUUGGCUACCAAAUGUGUUGGGAUGCUGAUGCAUAGUGAGGAAAGUCUCAUGCUUGUCAUUAUGGCUAUGCAGUUCUGAACUACUUUUGACAAAUGGAUGAAAUCUUUGAAGUUUCCUAGAACUUAAAGUCACCAUCACGUCUGAGCUUAAUGAAGUAGCAGGUUGGGCUGUAAACUAACUAACUACAGAGAAGCCCGUGAAUGAUAAACAGUGCUACUCUACAAAAUAACAACUUGACCAUCAUGACAUAUAUAACCAGACAUAUGUAUGUAACCAGACAUACAUGUUUAUACUAACAGAAAACACACUGUUUUACUCAGAGAAGACCCAUUGAAAUCAAAUGACCUAAUUUAGUCAUGUUAUGCGGGAGGCAGUGGAAGACAGGAGUGCCUGGUGUGCUCUGGUCCAUGGGGUCACGAAGAGUCAGAGACGACUAAACAACUAAACGACAACAAGUCAUGUUCAUUAAUUCAGCAGGAGUACUGUGAAUAAACCUAGUCAAAUACCACCCUAUGCAUAUGGACAAAUAUGUAAAUAUGUCAGGAAAACCAAAUUUUGGAAAAACUGGGUGCAUGGGAAUCUUCAAAAUUGUGAUUGCAAGGGUAUAUACACACACAUGCUACUUGAGUGCUGCUCAUACCAUCCUGGAAAUGUAUCCUGACUGGGCCUAAGUCAGCCUGGCAUAAUUAGAGGUUUUCAUUUAUUGUGUUCUGCAACCAUAUGGCAUAGCUCCUACAAACUGAAGGGCAUCUCAAUGAACUUGUGUAGGGAAAACUGCAAAUUAUGCAUAUCCAUAAUGAUGGGGGUGUUGUUGUUUUCUCCUUGGAACAUCAGUUGCAUGAUUCAGCACUUACAGCUGUCAGUAGCUCUUUAGUAAUCUGCAGCAAAUCCACAAGGAUUAAUGAUAUGGUUUUGAAAGGUAAAUUUAUUUCUGACUAAAUGUAUGUUUGUAGUUUGUUUGUAGUUGUUGCAGGCAUUAUUAAGUGAGCCUUCAAAAAGAUAAAACAUCUUGAAACAUGCAUCCUUUAUGCGUGAUAAGUCCUUCUGAGCUGAGCAGGCUCUGUCAUCUUCGGCACACUUCUUAUGGAGCUAAGCCAUACUGGAUUCAGUGAACUUAUUUCUUAAUAAACGUACAUAGAAUUGCUGUCUUCAGGUCCCUAUUCAAUGAAUGCAUUUAGGAUUGGGCCUUGCAGUUGGCUUCUGUGCAUGCCUACUCAAAAGUAAUCAUUAGUGAUAUCAGUAGGGCUUACUCAUAAAUAAAUGCAUAAUUUGUUAGAGUGUGGUGAACUGCAUUCCAUCAUUAAUAAAGAGAAAUGAGGGAGUGGGGAAGUUUUGCUUGCCAACUUACCUAGAAAACCCCCAGUCAGUCCUGCUUCUGAGAUUUUAACAGCCAUAGAAAUUAGCUGGGGUGAUUGUACACUAUGAGAACCAGCAUGACCCCCCGCUAAUGUCACUGAAUACACUAGUUGUUACAGACAAACAGUGGCAGCCCCAUUAAAGACACAGGAGCAUGAUUAGGAAAAUGAUGGAACACGUUUUUCUAACCUUAUUUCAAUUAUUAAAUUGGUCCCAAUAGGCAAUCCUGCUGUUCUAAAUGGUGUCCCGCUUCUUUUUAAUGUGGGUAUUUCUUCCCUUUUCUCACCAGUUUCUCAUUUUCAAUUUUAAGUUUGCCUGAUGAGAGAGUUGUAGGAAAAGCCUUCUCAGAAUGCACCCAAAUUCAAAUAACUAAAACCUUUUGGUUUAACAUGUCGUGUUUAAGAGCUCUCCAUGUUCACUCAAUCUCCAAAAUGUCAGGAAAUUACAACUGUUAAGGGCCUUAACCGACACUUUACUUGGCAAUAUUUAUAUGGUGUGAUAUCCUUUCCUGUGGAUUGUUCCAGCUUCAUAACUACCUUGGAGCUGGAUGGCUGCCAGCGGCAGACUCCCAGACCUAAGUUCUAGAUUUUUCUGUUCAAUGGAGUAGACACCUGGAUCCUUUGCAACAGAUGUUAUGAUUCUACAUUCUUCUUCUUCUUUGGCGAUCACUCGUAGCCGAGUAAGAUUGUCUUCCAUAAACACGGUUUUAACACUGAGUCCGUAAGUGACUGUGGAGGCCAAUUCUGGAUCCACACGUCCUUCCACAGUGGGGACAUUGGUUUCCGGAGUUGAUCACGGUGUGGGUUUGCCAAGUGUGCCUUCCUCCUAGCACGUUUCUCCUUUGCGUCCUGAGUUCGAGUGUCUUCAAAGCCCAUGACACCUUUGGUAAAGGCUGUUCUCCAACUGGAGCGCUCACAGGCCAGUGUUUCCUAGUUGUCAGUGUUUAUACUACAUUUUUAAAGAUUUGCCUUGAGACAGUCUUUCAACCUUUUUUGUUGACCAACAGCAUUACGCUUUCCAUUUUUAAGUUCGGAAUAGAGUAGUUGCUUUGGAAGACGAUCAUCAGGCAUCCUCACAACAUGACCAGUCCAGCGAAGUUUUCGACAGAAAAAUAAAUUUAAAACUUCAUGGAGGAUUCUAUAUCACAAGUACCCAGCUGACAGCCAGUACCAUCCACAUAGAGUGACAGUUUUGGAAGGCUCUAUUUAACUCGGUAAAACCUGUUUACAUAAAAAUGGGGACAAGGUUUUAUAGGCCUUGCAUUGCCCACACAGACACACACUGGUUAUGUAUAGAUAAUCAAUCCUCCCCAUGGAAGAUCAGCUGGGCAGUGGGGAAAGGUGGGUGGGGCUUGGUGUGCUGUACUGAGACUGGCUAAGGGCCACAUGCAAGCUAUGUCUAGUGGUUUAAACAAAUUUUGAAUAUCUUAGAAUUCACACUGGUUUGUAAUUCUCCCUUGCAUGAUAGCCUUGGAUGUUACAAAAGCUCCAGAGGUUAAUUCUGAUAAACUUAAUUUUCCACUUUCUUUGCAUUUGUCUAAAAGUCUUGUCAUCCUAUUAGUAGUGACAUUUAUUUAUUUGGUCAUACAGGGACAGAAGGGCCUGGUGUCAGCCUUUCAGAGGAGAGACAGAGCGCUGGUGAAAGCUCUAGUGUUUCAGUGAUCUAUAAUCCGUAUGUUUCCCUUUCUAUUGAACAACAGAGGCAAAAACUACCAGUUUUUAAGGUAUCAAUUUCUUUUAAGUACUUUGCAUUGAAUUAUUGUGCACAUUAUCUUCUGGGUAUUUUACCAUUUCUUCUACAUUUGUUUUGCAGUAUGAAAACUGAUAGUGCAUUUGCAACAUAGAAUGUGCAUUUCAUCUGACAAAAUAAUUUUUUUAGAACAUUCAAUUAUUUUGUACAGUAACUCUGAGUGGAUGAAAAUGCACACGUCCCACUAUCAGUUUAGGCACAUGUUGGAUUCAGUGGGUUUUAAGGAGUUUGUGCUAGGUUGUAAUCUAUGCUGUUUUUGCGCAAACACUUCUCUCAGUUGAUGUUUUGAACUUGUUUUCUUCAGCCAUUCUAAAUCACAUUUGAAUAUUUUAUUUUUCUUUCAGCUUAGAAAUCACAUCCUUUAUCUGGUAGAAAAUUAUCAGACAUUGGUGAUUGUUGGAGAAACAGGAUGUGGGAAAAGCACUCAGAUUCCUCAAGUGAGUAUGAAAUGAUUCAUUUUUCUUCAUCUGUAGGAAUUUAUACUCUUACUCUUCAACCCAGUACAGAGGGUAGUUUGCAAGUACAAUAAAAGCAGAAGAAUAUAUAAAAGCAGCAUAAAUGCAAAGAACAGAGUCCAACAUUGUAUAAAUGGACUUCUGCUCUAACAAUGGGACUUCACCUUUCUUUCUCCUGCAUGUAGUCCACAUUUUCUCCGGAGGGCCCCUUAGCAUUAAAGCAGAUUUUGAGGGCAUCUAGAAGGCUGCAAAGGUGAGAUGAAGAAGUUGGAAGUCCUGUUGCAUGAGCAUCUUAGCAUGGACAGCGUUGGGUGCAAUACAGCAUCUACAAAAUGGAUCAAAUUAAAUAAAAAAGUUAUGAGAUAAUAUGAUGUCUUCAUUAUGUGCCUGAAAAGUCUCUCUGAGGAAGGCAUUCCAAAACUGGGGCACCACCACUGACCGUUUCCCCCCCCCUUAAAACCCCUCACAAUGCCCUAGAUAGUAGGAGAACUUGUGAAACUCUUAUGAGGAUCAUAGUGAACAACAGGAACAUGUGGAGACAGGUGAUCCUUCAGGUACCCUGGCCCCAGGCUGUGAACUUAGAUAGAAAGGAGAGGCAGGAAGGUUCCUUGUGCUAACAGGAAUUGUUGCACCGGCUUCCGCUAGUGCAACUAUUUAACUUAGAAUUUUUAUACCAUCUAUGUUAAUAGCUUUGUUUCCUCAUUACAGUAUCUAACAGAAGCUGGCUGGACUGCCGAAGGGAGAGUGGUGGGAGUAACACAACCCCGGAGAGUUGCUUGUGUUUCAGUGAGUGCCUCCAGUUCAAACUAUUUGUCUGCGUAUUAUUCUUUUGGGGAAUGAUAAUAUGUUCUAACCUUUUGUAUAGCACUGUUCAUAUCAACUUUUGACACAACCCAGUUUAUAGCUAAGCAUUCCUGAAUCUCAUUAAAAUCCAUGUGGUAAUGGGACCUUAACUGGGCUCCGUAACUGAUUGUCUUCUGACACAGAGUCCGACAGAUGCUGACUUGCUCAAGGCCCUAUGUUUUCAGUGAAAAUCUUUGCAAUAGGGUGUUAGCCCAGUUUCCCCUGGGCUAAGUAGUAAGAACAAAGUAAUUUGUUUCUUUCCCCAUCACAAUUGAGCAUGAAUUCUGGUGAAGAAUUCCUUCUUGUUUUGACUGAAACAUUGAGCAAGUAUUGGUGAAAGCAUCUUUCUCAGGGUUUGCUGUCCUGCUUCCGGUUUUUUGUCGAUGGGUUUAAACCACAUACUGUGGGUCUCUCAAUGGAAGCCAUUUGCUGGAAUAACAUCAUGGUCAAGCAAAAGAUUUUACUUCGAGGAGAUGCGGUGCAUAGCAGUUUAAAACUCAUGAGCUUAAAAGUAGGAACAAAAUAAAAAAAAAUCCUUCCAGUAGCACCUUAGAGACCAGCUAAGUUUGUUAUUGGUAUGAGCUGAGUAUCUGAAGAAGUGUGCAUGCACACAGAAGCUCGUACCAAUAACAAUCUUAGUUGGUCUCUAAGGUGCUACUGGAAGGAAUUUUUAAAUUUUGUUUUGACUAUGGCAGACCAACACGGCUAUCUACCUGUAAUUAAAAGUAGGAAGUUAGGGUGGUGAGAACAGCUUUGUACAGGAUCCAAAGAAGCAUGUAACCAUUAAAACAUGGUUCAUAUAUUUUUUUAUUACAAGGGCUUGAAGUAGGGUGCAGAAAAUAUUUAACAUUUUUGCAGCCCUUGUUCAUUUAUUGUGUGAUUGCUCUUUGCCAGAAGGGUAGUUGUCAUUGUUAUUUUACAAAAUUUUGAACUAGCAGUUAUGAUGUGCAGGGCUUAUACACACACACACACACACACACACACACAUAUAUAUAUAUAUGCAUGCUAUAUUACAGGCAUUCUGUUUAGAGAGAAUUUUUGCGUCUUCUAAAAUGUGCUCCAGGCUGUGUAUUUACACACAAUUUGGAUUUGCAUUUUUAUGCUUGUUUUUAGUUUGUUUCAAGUCUGCAUAGCUUUACCAUAUGGCCCAUUUUGAUGAACAAAUGUGAAACGUGCCUGGAUAUUUAAGCCUUUGGCACAAAAGCCUUUCAUGGAUCCAGUUUGUGCUUUCAUUUGUAGCACUAUAACUAAUUGAAUUGUUUAGAGUGGGCUGCUUAUUGCUGAUAAGAACAUUGUUAGAGAAAGCAGUCUUGAAGAAACAUAAGCAUGACAUGGGGAGGAAGCAGAGGAUUCAAUUUUCAGUUUCAAGUGGCUACUGCAGAUUCAAUUUUCAGCCUUCCAUCUCCAGUUAAGGGAGUUCAGGUAGCUGAGCUAGGAAUUUCCUCAGUAGGAAAGUUGUUGCCAAACAGAGCAGACAGUACUGGGCUAGUGGACAAGUGGUUUGGCUUUGUACAAUGCAGUUUUUCUAUUCAUAUGAAGUGUGAGGGGUUUUAAGCUUGUUAGUCUCUGUCUCUUCAGUAAGCUGGAAAUAUUGGGAGUGCAGGAGAUGAAAAUAUAUUGCCUGAAAACAUGGAGUCAAGAAGAAAGGGACAAUGGGAAGAUGAUGUACACAGAAAAGGCUUCAGUGCUUUUGUGCAACUUAUGCUUUGGAAAUAGCCAAGCAUUCUAAAAAUAGGUCUGUAGAAGUAGUUAUAUUAGUCUCCUGUUCCAAAACAGGAAAGUUCUGCAACACUAAAAAAAUGGCAGGAAUGUAUUGUGGCAUAAAAUUUGGUGGCUAGACCUCACUCUUUUGGGUGCUAGAAACUGGUGGUGUGUUUUAGACCCUUAUCCUUGAGCAAUGGCCUUCUGGGUUGAAAAACCUAGUUGUAUGUGUUCAGGCGUUUUAAUGUUGAGACUUUUGCCAUUCAAAAUUUUGUCUUUUGAAUUAGGAAAGUAUGAAAAUUGAGAGGGUGGAAAGCUAGCUGUUAAUCCAUAUAUCCAGGAAUUAAGCUGACUGUGUGAUUCCACCUUCCUAUUUCUAACCAUUCAUCAAUCCUAUUUUUUAAUUCACAUAGGCUGACAGUAAGCCAGCACUGUAUAGGUGGUUCCUGAGAGGAGAUGUUUUUAUCUGUGACCAUUUGAGAAAGUGUUAAUACAUCAUGAAGCGCCAGCCUAACUGCUAAUACAAUUGUAGGCUGUUAUAUCCUGGGGCUACAGCUGGCACAACUAGAAUUCAUCCAGAGUCAAGUGGUUGAUUGUAAUUGAGGGAAUACAUGCAUUAUAAAUAGCCUGUCUGCUGUAUAAAUGGAUUCUAGCUACAUUGAUGUUCCAGUCUCAGCUUUCUGAGUUUGAUGUUUAUAAACAAUUUUAUAUAAUAAUAAGUUUGGUGUUUAUAAAUAAUAAUAAAAAAUUAUUUGUUUAUUACUAUUAUUGUUUGGGCAAUCAAAACCUUGUGUUGAGUGACUAAUAUGAGUAGAGUUUUCAAAUAUAGGUUGUGCUAAACCUGUAGGUUGUGCAGUCCCUGUAGAAGCACAGUAAUUGCAACUCCACUGAUCCUAAAAGAUCCCUGUCAUACGAGGGAUGCUUGUGCAGAAGUUAUAUAAUUGUCCAACAGGAUUAGCUCAGUUUAGCCAAAUUAGCUGAAUUCAAUUUCUAACUACGUACACAUGUCAAAUAUUAUUAAUAAGGCCUAGUUCAAGAAUUAAGUUUUGUUUGAUGUCUACAGUUUUAAACCUCCUCCUCAUCUUCCUUCUAUUAGAUCGCUGGCCGGGUAGCUGAGGAAAGGGGUGCCUUGCUGGGUCAUGAAGUUGGGUACUGCAUACGAUUUGAUGAUUGUACUGAUCCACAAGCUACAAGGAUUAAGGUAACAUCUCUGAACAAAUGCCUGUGACAUUUGCAGAAAUUAGUGUCCCUUGCUUUAUCUUCCUAAUCCAGUGAAAUGUAUACCCAUUUCUUUAUUCCAUACAUAGCACUAAAACACUAUUCCAUACUCAGCACUAUACAUAGCACCAUACAUAGCCAGUAGAGAUUCAUAGGCUGAGAAAACGCAGUUGUCGCAAGAGAAACCUGCAAAAAUGUACAUGUUGCAGCACCUGUUCAGUAUUCCAGACAGGUAGCCAUGCCCCUCUCCAGAGGACUCCAUUUCCCCCCACCCCCACCUAGCUUUCUGUUGUUAGAUAAAGUUGCUUGUCACUUCUACACAAUUUGGAGUUCCCACAAUCACGCUGGUACCUUCUUGUAUGUGGAUACAGUGGUGCCUCGCAAGACGAAAUUAAUCCGUUCCACGAGUCUCUUCGUCUUGCAGGUUUUUCGUCUUGGGAAGCAUGGCUAUUAGCGGCUUAGCGGCUAUUAACGGCUUAGCGGCUUUAAGAAAAAGGAAACAAACUCGCAAGAACUCGCAAGACGUUUCGUCUUGCGAAGCAAGCCCAUAGGGAAAAUCGUCUUGCGGAAUGACUCAAAAAACGGAAAACUCUUUCGUCUAGCGAGUUUUUCGUCUUGCGAGGCAUUCGUCUUGCGGGGCACCACUGUAUUGCUUUCCUGGCUUCAUAAGGAUGCAUUCUUGGCUCUGAACUUUGGAAAUGCAGGGAAUUGUGUAUCUGUUGCCUAGAGUUUUGUGCUGCUGAAGUUGAUGAACAAGUCGUCGAUUGUUCUUGUAUCUGUGUUUUAGUUCCUGACUGAUGGGAUGCUGGUGAGAGAAAUGAUGGCUGAUCCAUUGCUAACACGAUACAGGUUAGGCUAACAACCCUUUUAACUGCUGUAUACAUUAAUGAUGUAAGGCUUCCCCCACCUUUUCCUUUUGCCUACAUUUAUCUUUAGUUUGGCAGCAGUGAUUAACUUUUCAUUUUGCUUAUUGUUCUGUAAUUUGCCAUGGAUACUUACGGAACUUAAUAAAACAAUAAAUUCUGAGCACCACCUUCUGUAAUUGUGCAUCGAAUUAGGAGCAGCACCAAUAAAGUACAGUGCCCUUGAUCCCAGAGGAAUACCACAAUUUGUCAGGGUUGAUGAACCUCUGUCCCAGGGGCUGAUUGCAGCUGUCUAGGCUUCUGCAUCCAGCUCUUGAGCCUCUUCUCUCAGGCCACACACCCUUGCCCCAGCUGUACCCUUCACCAGUCCUGUUCUGUGCUGUCCUUGACUACAUUUGCCAGGCGCAGAUGUGUCAUUGAACUGUGUUAAUGCCUUCUUGUCCGGGUGGAAGAUGGAGGGGUGUCUGUGUAGAAACCCCUGCCUCUUGUGUGGUUGGAAUGUACAGUGGUACCUCGGGUUAAGAACUUAAUUUGUUCUGGAGGUCCGUUCUUAACCUGAAACUGUUCUUAACCUGAGGUACCACUUUAGCUAAUGGGGCACGAUUUCUGUUCUGUUCUCAGUAAUGCGCUGAACCGAGGAAAGAGUCACAUUUGUUGCUCCACCCACUGUUAUUACCCAGUACCGUAGUCACACCCAGUUUUACCUCUGUCCCCACCUGUACUGACUGUUGGGAUAUUGCCGGGAAGACGGGGGCAUCAGACAGGCAUCAGGCUGGCCCUCAGCUGGCUCCAGCCACCGGCCGGCAGCUGGUCUCCCUUGGAACAGCAUCAAUUAGCGACACGAGCCUCAGAUACAUUUAGAGACCCGUGCAUGCUUUAUCAGCAGAGUGCGUAAAUCUUCUCACAGCAGAAGAGGCGGACAGAGAAACGUGUAAGCAUAAUGUACAGCAUUUUAUUAAGCAUAGUUCAGGAACAAAGGAAAGCAUGUCUGCUUCCCUUCGUCUCCAGCAAAACAGCAGUAAUGCAAAAGCUAUAUACAAAGAGAAGUUCCCAGCAAGUGCUGGAAGUAAACAGGCAUGUGACAUACAAUAGUCAUGCCUGUUCCCUUUUAAGGAGGAACGGAACUAUAUCCUAACACUGACAUGCAUCCUCCCAAAGGUUGCUCAUAAGGAAAUGUGGCCCUUAAGCUGAAACUGGUUCCCUGUCCCUGGUAUAAAUGAACUUGCAUGCACAAUCUUCAGGCCUCACAUUUUGUACUUUUACCAUAAGGAGUCAUUGUCUUAAGAAAAACUAUCCCUAGCAUUUCAUUACCCAUUCCAUUUUUCCCCCACAGUCGUGUUUAAUUUAUGGUUAUUGCAGCUCUGCUGGAGUUUUAAAUUCAGCUGAGUCAUAAAUGUGUGACUUUCAAGAUCAGCUUGCAUACUACUUCCAUAAUUAUUUGAAUUGUGCCUAUUAUAUAAUGUGUUACACUUGGUAAAUUGGAAUUUUUCAGGUGGACUUAAUUUCAGCUUUCAUUGAUAUCUCAUAAUUGGAACUCUGCUCUUUUCUCUUUGAUUCAGUGUCAUCAUGUUGGAUGAAGCCCACGAGAGGACCUUAUAUACAGAUAUUGCCAUUGGCUUAUUAAAAAAGGUUAGAGCUCUCUUUGUGCAUCCUACCUCCAUUCCCCCACAUUUAUUUAAUUUCUGAAUUGAGCAAAAGAUUAUAAUGUUUCUAGAAUUAUAACCUGCUCAGAGUGUCUAUUCAGUUGCCUGUGUUUGAGAGCUGAUUACCUUGGUCCUACUAUCAAAGAGUUUGCUGCUCUGUUAAGCUUGCAAUGGUGCUAAUUUUGAGUUGAUUUUCAUAAUGGAUGCUAUUCUUGAAGGUACAGUUCUGAUGGAAACAGCAACAUGAAUCCUACCAUACUUGUUAAUAGUUUACAGGCCUUUAAGACAAACAGUGCUAGCAUCAUUUCAUAAAACAUUUUCCUAAGGUUUGUAAGCAUGAUACACUGGUGGUGAGGAUUAUUUUAGUGGUAGCAUAUUACUUAAGAUCAUACACCUACAUGAUUUUCAAAUGUGGGAAUAUCUGGCUUGGUUUGCAAUGCAUGUACUCUGAAUAGGAUAAGUCAUUUUCUGGAAAAUAGAGAUACUUGAUUUGUCUAUUGUUUUUGUAUGCAGACCAAUGCCUUUCUUAAAUUAUACAAACAGUUCUGGGAUUCUGUGGUGAUUAAUCAUAAUUGAGGAUUAAAAACACCCUGCUGUGUCUCACAGGUUCAAAAGAAACGAGGAGACCUUCGCCUGAUUGUUGCAUCAGCUACACUGGAUGCAGAGGUAGAACUAACAUAUUAGAUUCAAAUAAUUUCCCCAUUUUAUUUCUGAUAGAAAAUGAAACAAUUAUCAUCUUGUAUUUCAUUCUAUAGAAGAAUAAUGGGGAGCCUGUGCCCCCCCCAGAUGUUGGCAUCUCCUAUCAUCUUUUAUCACUAGCUAUACUGACUGGGGCUGAUGAGAGUUAGAGGCUAACAGCAUCUGGAGGUUCUCUUCAGUAGAGUAUGGGACAUGGUAGCCUAAUCAACACAUUCAUGCAGAGGCAGACCAAACCCCAUCAGAAUAGUUGGCAGUUGAACAAAAUCACUGUUAAGUUUUUAUGUUAAUUCCCAUUAACUUACUGGGUCUCUCUCCCUACUCCCAUUCAGUUUGGGCAGGGGAACCAAUUUCUUAACAAUGAAAAUUUUGGAGGUGGUGGAAGGGGGAAAGUGUUUUCAGCUUUCAUUUUAAUCUCACCCAGAUAACUUUCGCAGCUGAAAUGCUUGCCUUCCAUUGAGGUGAACAUUUAUGAAGCCAUUAAGAUUUGUAUUUCCAAUCCAAGUAAAAUAAAAUUUGGAUUGUAUUGCCUACACUUAAUCUGCUGCUACUAAUGUGCAUAAAGUUUAAGCUUAAUUGCUGUUAGUUUUGGGUUACACUACACGCUAUUUCCCUGAACUCUGUGAAAUGAAUCCCUUUUAGAAGGUUCUAGAGCAGAUAAUACCCAGUUUGUGAAAUUGUGUGGUCAGUUUAUUUUAAAAGGGAUUAUAUUUAUUCAUAUUUAUGAAAUAGUUAUUGCAGAAAUUGCAACUUUUGCAUUCUUUCAGUUUGAUCUGUUUUUUUCUGUUUUUGAUUAAAAAUCAAAAGGCUGCACCAUUUACAUUGGUAACACAACUUAAAACUUCUAUAGUCAGCCACAUUUUCUCCAAAACAUCUGAUAAUUACUAGAUUAAGCAAAUUAGGAAGAAAUUACAAAACCAAGGAUAUCUAGACUGGUUGCUACUUUGAAAAAUAUUUCAGCUCUAGUUAUGGGGAAAUGUACUUGUUAAUGUUAUUAGGUUAUAUAUUGAAGUAUGUUUUGUAGCAGCAUAAAAUAUCAGAAGUUCACAGAGAUGGAUUAAAUUGCUGGACCUCCAUAUGUUCUGAGCUGGGGUGGCAAAUCUGAGCCUGCAAGCUGGGUCAGACCUGCCUAAGUCAUUCUAAGUAGCCUAGCAGGAACUAAUGUCAAUUUACCACCACCAGCAAAAUCUGUGUCAGAAGUCUUCUCCCUCUUUGCGCAUCCUGUCACCAGCUGCUUGCAGCGAUACAUGAGGGAUUGUAGGUGUCUUUGCCAGGUUACCUGGGAUGUUUUUUCCUCCCAAUCACAAUACAGCACUAGGAGGAAAAGUUCUUCUUAAAUCCCAGGACUGUAUGCUCUUCCAUACAUAUGCAGAUAAGUAAAUGAAGUCAUCUGGAACAUAAGUUGCUCACAGUAAUGCCUUGCUUUCUAGAAAAUAACAGGUGAUAUCCAACUAAUCUGUUCUGUCAGUGCAAGGAUUUCCACUUAAGCAGUUGAACUCGCCAUGUGUCUCUUAAACUUGAUCUGGGGGUUUCCCCAGUCCUCCAGAGCAGAUGUGAGGAGGGCAAGGAACACCCACAGGGAGAUGAAUGGGGGCAGGUCCAUUGCUCAAGCAGAAAUCCUUGCCAGUGACAGAACGAGUUAGUUAGGUCCCUCCUUAUGCUUAUAUUUUGAAAGAGAAUAGUAGCAACACCCUACCUUUGGCUCCUGAGUUAGGAACUGGACUCUUUUAAACAACGCACUGAUUUUCAAAAAAUUGUUUGCUAUCUUUGCCCUAGAAAUUUAGGGAUUUCUUUAACCAAAAUGAGACCAGUGACCCAAGCAAAGAUACCAGCAUGAUCCUUACAGUGGAAGGGCGAACAUUUCCAGUGGAUGUCUUCUACAUUCAGAGGUCUGUUCCUGUUUAAUACUCGUAAGUGGUGACUAGAGGAGCGUGCAUCUUACCCGCUUGUCGACCAAAAGUCUGGGCGGGAAAGGGAAGCAUUAAAUGGACCUUAGGUAUUAUUUUAAAGAGUUGUCUUUACAUGGGUACCGGCACGUUGAGGAUGUAAACCUGAAAUCUUGUUUUCCAAUUGAAUGUGUCUUUCUCCUAUUUUGUGAGCAACAGGCGCAGACUUCAGUGGAGGAGGGCUUCGGGAACCUUCCCCCGUCCCCUUCUGCACCGGCCAGCUGGAGCAGACUUCAGACGAGUGCUACGGGGACUCGGUGGAAUCUUCAUGCUUUUCCUCCCCUGGAAUCUUAGUCCUUCCCUUCCCCCUCCACAGAAGGGAUAUGGGCAAACCUGGCAGCACCUUCAUGCCCUCUCUCCUCCUCCUCCACAGAAGGAGAUGGACAGGUCCGGUGGCAGAAGUGGGCUCGUUUUUUUACCCCUGCACACACAGUGCUUGCUUUUGUGCUUGCGCUGGGCAAGGAAAUGUGGGUGUCAUAGGCGGAUAAUCGUGUGCUUUGUGAAUUGUGUCCCUUUUAUGUUCUUGCGACCUUACUAUGUUUGUGUCAGGCAUCUUUGAGGAAUGCUCAAGUAACAGUGGCAAAGCAUUCUGGGAGAGUAGCCAUGUUAGUCUGGGGUAGCUGAACCAGCAGACAGUCUUCAGGGCUUAUUAUAUCAUUAGAUGCAUGAAGCAGUGCGUAUAUAUGGGUGUAGUAAUUUAGUCCUUUGUUUUUCAUUCCUUAAACACUGUAUGAGGUGAUUGCGUAUUAUGCAAAUAUUAGAAGCUUAAAUUUCCAAUCUCUCCAAUUUUUAUUUUAAUAUUUUUAAAUAUACAAAUUUCCGUUCCUUUCUGAGGAAAACUAGGACAGCUAUUUGGUUUAAAAAAACAACAACACCUGGCUACUUACUAGUGCAUAUAGGGCUGCCUCAUAUGUGCAUGUACAUAACUUGAUUCCUAUAUGCUUGGUCCUACUAGCUGACUGGGUGCACUGAUUUCACUGGAAAGCUUUUGUAUGAUGUGGUAUGGAAAUUCUGUGGAUGGCGUUGUAUCUGUGAUGACCCUCUUGCAUAUGCAAGAUCACAUGAUGCAGGCAUUGAGUAUUAAGCUUCCAUGUGUGAUCCAGUCCAUAGUUAGAUGUAAAUUUUCAUAUAGGGCAAUGCCAUAUUGAACGCCUUCUCUGCAUGUUAGAGGCUCUUACAAAAUUUGCUUGUUGUGUUAAAUUGGAUAUUGCAGGCCCUUAUAAUAGAUGCAUAGAAUUUAUUCAGGUAGUAAGAAGCAAUUUUCUGUGUUUUUACAAUGCUGAGUGCUUUGUAGGCAAAUAUAAGUACAACUGAACUGUUUAAAAAAGUAACUUGUUUAGAUGUCAAAGCAACAUAUUGAUUUAACUGUUUUUCUGCAAUUGUGAAAUAAAUUCUUGUGCGUGUAUGUGAUAUAGAGAUGGAGGACUCUCUAAAUACAGAUAUUCAGGAUUUGUGAUAAUGUCAAAGAAACAAGUGAAGUUAUUUUAAGUGACUUGUGAAGAAUUCAGAAAGGUCCAGCUAGCGCUAGGAUUACUUUUUAGGUCAUGUAUCAAGCAUACUUCAAGUAUGUGAGCUGUCUGUAUUACUUAUGAAAAUCUAACUAUAUAUUCCCUUUUUUAUCCUGGUGAUAAGAGCGUGUUUUGCCUUCCUUACUUGAAACUCAUGUCUAUGCUUUUUCCAACAGUCCUGUUCCAGAUUAUGUGAAAUCAACUGUGGAAACUGUUAUGAAAAUUCAUCAGACAGAAGGUGAUGGGGAUAUACUGGCAUUUUUAACUGGCCAGGUAGACACAAAAGAAAUGUUUGUCCUGUUGAAAUUGUUACUUUGGUAUAAGAUAUGUUCACUUUGUGCUGUGCAAUAAUUCUGAAAACAUUUUUUUAAUGCAGAAUGUGUGUGAGAGGGAGCAAGGAUGUAAAAUGGUAGUUUCAAUAAUUCUAGAAUUUAGGGUUGCUGCAUACACCUGUUUGGGGUUAUACUAAACUGUGAAAUACCACUGUGGUAUUUGGGAAGCUUCUAAGUCGCCUGCUUCCACCUGCUUAGUAUGGUUUUGCUUCAGCAGCCAUAUUUCAGUUCAUUCAAUCAGUUGUAUUUCAGUACAGCUUGAGCUUCCCACUUACUCUGCCGGGACCAUAUAACACCGGUCCUGAGCGAUCUGCAUUGGCUCCCAGUACGUUUCCGAGCACAAUUCAAAGUGUUGGUGCUGACCUUUAAAGCCUAAAUGGCCUCGGUCCAGUAUACCUGAAGGAGUGUCUCCACCCCCAUCGUUCAGCCCGGACACUGAGGCCCAGCUCCGAGGGCCUUCUGGCAAUUCCCUCAUUGCGAGAAGUUAAGUUACAGGGAACCAGACAGAGGGCCUUCUCGGUAGUGGCACCCGCCCUGUGGAACGCCCUCCCAUCAAAUGUCAAGGAAAUAAGCAGCUAUCCUAUUUUUAAAAGACAUCUGAAGGCAGCCCUGUUUAGGGAAGUUUUUACUAUUUAAUGCUGUAUUGUUUUUAACACUUGAUUGGGAGCUGCCCAGAGUGGCUGGGGAAACUCAGCCAGAUUGGGGGAGGGGUAUAAAUAAUAAAUUAUUAUUAUUACUCUGCAAGCUACUCCUAUUGUACAACAAUACCAUGCAAAUUUAGCAUUCCUUUCUGUUACGAUCCUCAGAUGUGGUCCUUUCCAUUUGCUUUUCCAGCCCUGGAUGUGUCUGAACUGGUGCCUGUGCUCUUUGGCUUUAAUUGAUCAUAGCAGCAACUUGUGAAAGUAGUAAUGAUGAUGUACAGGAGAGAACUACACCAGCAUUAUGCUUCCUCCUCUACAAACUGUGUCCACGGUUGUAGCACUAUGUAUAUUUCUGUCUCUAACACAGUAUGCCUUCCUUGUUGCACAGAUACAAUGUAGGCUGUAGUGACAGGAGAUGCAGUGGAGCGCACUUGACUUGGCAAAUCACAAGUGUUAAAAAUUCCCUGAAAUAAUUUUGACAAUAUAGAGGAAAUUUGGCCUGUGUGUUUCAGAUGUUUGGAAGCUGCAAUCUCAAAUGGAGAUGCCAUUAAAACAUGUAGAUUCUGAAGACUGUCACUUGUACUGCUAGUAUGAACUGUUCUACUACCCAGGGAGAAAGAAAAUUUAUUACAGUACCUCCAAAUUAAUCAUAACAAUUGUAUUACCUGUAUGAAAUAAUUAUGUGCGAUUAUGGAACUCCUUUUUGGAGUUCCAGAAAUGGAGAAAGUAUAGUUAUUUUGGUCAAUUGAAAGGCUGAACUAUUUCUUACAGCACUUAAACGAAAGUAUUUGCAGUUAAAAGUUGUCUUUCCCUGCCACAGCUUGUAAUGUGGAAGGGGGGUUUCCUGGAACUAUCCCACUGUGUGGUCCAGCUAGUUGCUGAAGCUUGCAGUUCUCAUCACAAGAAAAUCUUAGUUCAGUCAAGAGAGAGAGAAAAAGCAGAAAUCACUUGUGCAUCCUCUUGUCAUUGUUUGUUGUAUACAAAGCAGACCUCUUGAUAACUUGUGAUUCGGAAGUUGGAUGUUAUGCAGCCUUUAAGCAUGAACUGCAAAGUCGGAUUCUCAUUCUUGUGUGUCUGCUGGAAUGGAACAAUAAGACACAGUAAUUGCAGGGGUCAGCAGACUUUUCCAGCAGGGGGCCGGUCCACUGUCCCUCAGACCUUGUGGGGGGCCGGUCUAGAUUUUGAAAAUAAAAAUAAAAAUUAACGAUUUCCUAUGCCCCACAAAUAACCCAGAGAUGCAUUUUAAAUAAAAGCACACAUUCUACUCAUGUAAAAACACCAGGAAGGCCCCACAAAUAACCCAGAGAUGCAUUUCAAAUAAAAGCACACAUUCUACUCAUGUAAAAACACCAGGAAGGCCCCCCAAAUAACCCAGAGAUGCAUUUCAAAUAAAAGGACACAUUCUACUCAUAUAAAAACACACUGAUUCCCAGACCGUCUACAGGCCGGAUUUAGAAGGUGAUUGGGCUGGAUCCAGCCCCUGGGCCUUAGUUUGCCUACCCAUGGAGUAUUGGAUAAAGAUCGCCGGUCAUCUGGCAGCUUUUAAAUAACACGUGAGAAGAAAUUCUAGCAAGACACUAAAGUAUUUUGUUUUUUAAAUUCUCUAAAUCUGCUUCAGUGUCCAUGAUAUGAUAUUGGAGCUUAAAUGCAUUUUGAUCUGUCACUUAUAUUGAUUCUUUUCUAGGAGGAAGUGGAAACAGUUGUUUCUAUGCUGAUAGAACAGGCCCGGGUCCUUGCUCGCACAGGGAUGAAAAGACACCUGCGAGUUCUUCCAAUGUAUGCAGGAUUACCUGCUACUGAGCAGAUGAAAGUGUUUGAGAGGGUAUCUCCCAACGUUAGAAAGGUAAAGUUGCUUCCGUUGUCAUAAAUGAAUAGGGCACUGUGCUUGCGAAUUGGUGGUAUUGCCCACCGUCGAUUAAUGUUUCGCCACAUUGCAUUUGGUAACCACAUGAUAACAAUGCAUUUCCCCACGUUACAUUUGGUAACCGAUGCUAUAGGGUUUUCUGUAAGUCUCCCUCUUGGGAUCAACUCCAUGUACCCUUCUUGUUAAACAAGAAUUUUUACUCAUUUUUAUAUUGCUUAGAGCAGCCUUUCUCAACCUUGGACUCCCUGAUGUUGUUGGACUACCACUCUCAUCAUCUCUGACUGCUGCCCCUGCUAGUUAUGGAUGAUGGGGGUUGUAAUCCAAUAGCAUACGGUGAUCCAAGGUUGAGAAGGGCUGGCUUAGAGGUUAAUCAUCUCUAUGCUUUGCCUCUGCAGUUCAUGGUAGCUCGUUUACUUCCCUCAAAAUGCUGAAUGCAAGACUACAACCCCUGCCCUGCGACGAUGCCCACCCAAGUCGUUUGUAGUGAAUGUUGCUUUAUUUUAUCUUAUUUAAUUCUUUGAAGACUUUGUGCUUUUCUUCUCAGCUCCAGAGUACAUAUCUGCCCUUACACAAAUCAGCGGCUCUCUAUUUUGCAGCACCUUCAGGGUUUUGUGUGUGUGUGCUUAGUUCUUUUCUUUAAUGCAGCUUUUCAGGCAAGCAUUAUUGCUGCUAGCUUAACCACUCCUAGAAAACUUUUUGAAUUAGAGUCCCAUUAUUGUGAUUCCCCCUUUAUAUCAAACUUUUUCUGCUUUUAUUUUCUUAAACUUAGCUAGUCAGGAAUCAGCAAGCAUAAUAAAUCCCAAACAAACUGGCUUUCUUUAUUCUUUCAGGUGAUAGUGGCCACUAAUAUUGCAGAAACGUCCAUCACAAUCAAUGGAAUUUCAUUUGUGAUUGACUGUGGCUUUGUGAAACUCCGUGCGUAUAAUCCAAAAACAGCUAUUGAAUGCCUUGUGGUUGUCCCAGUAUCAAAGGCCUCUGCCAAUCAGAGAGCAGGUCGUGCAGGCCGGAACCGCUCAGGAAAAUGCUACAGACUUUACACAGGUGACGUGUGUGUAACACUUAAAGCUUUGCUCUUUUGUUUGUGGCUUGGGUGGCACUGUACUUAAAAAUCUUUCCUCUCCUCUUCAGUGGGGUCCCCUGACCCACCAGCUUGCUGUAUUUGGGGUUGGGUGUGGGCACCAGAGAUUGCCCAGGUGAGAAGGGAUGGGAAAAUCCCUUUCCAUCAGUUUCCCUCUGUUUACAUUUCUCAGAAACAUUCACUUUGCAGGCCUUUUUCACCUGAUUCAAACCCUUCCAUCUCUGAUUCUACAUGCUUGACAUGUUCAAUACUCGCUUUUGCAUUUAGAUAAAAAUUCUCAGGCACCAGAUACUGCGAAAUUACCUUCUUCAAACACCUUUUGCCAACAUCGUCUUGUUUAGUUGAGUUGUCGUGUUUAUCUCAAUUCCUUACUAAGCAUAAUUGUUAACAUUAGGAAUGACUUGUGUGUUUUUGUUCUUUCUUAACUUCUGGAAUGUUGUCGAGGUUUCUGACUUAAAUGAUUUGCAUUUUAAAAUGUGUGCCCUCUUCGCAGAGGAAGACUUUGAGAAGUUGCCACAGUCCACCAUUCCCGAGAUGCAACGCAGUAACCUGGCACCAGUCAUCUUGCAGCUCAAGGCUUUAGGAAUUGACAAUGUGCUUAGAUUUCCUUUCCUCUCAGUAAGUAUGGGAUUCUUCUUUAAUUUUUCUGUGUUCUGUGGUUUGUCAACUUUGUCUACACGGUAUAAGCCAUUUUACAAGGACUCCAAGGUCUGCUGUCCUGUUGUGUUCACGGGGACCACAUGCAUAUCUUCCUGUUAAAUGCCAGAUUAAGAAGUGUUCCUUCACUUUUAUGUUCCCUUUUGUUUCUGCAUGUCUCAUGGCUCUUUCAGAAUAAAGGUUCUAAAUGCCUGCAGGCUAUAAGGAGAGAGUUUAAAAAGAGCUUGUAAGUCUUGAAUGUUCUCUGAAUAUUACUAGUAGGUAGCGGACCAUCAGAGGUCAAUGGUUCAUAGCCUAGUAACUAUUGCUCUGACACUCAGGAAGUAGGGUAGGGUGGAUCUAACACCAAGGUCGAGUGUUUGCCUAACUGCUUCUGAAGAGCCUUGUCUUUUUAAUAAAGAAAGCAAGAACCUCGAGAACCUCCACAGGGAAAAAAAAGCCCCCAUUUUCAGAUGGCUUUCCAAUCCAAUGCUGCUGUUUUGUUAAUUUACGCAGUGGAACUUACCCUACCUUUGCUCUGCCCUGCAGCCCCUCUGGUGAAGACACUGUUGGUGUUAUUGGCAAUAGACUGCUUGGUGGUUGUGAUUUUAAUUGUAAACUACUUUGAGAUGUUGAAUAGCCGAGAAAGUGGUAUAUAACGAUAAAUAUAUAGAUCUGUUAACUAGAUUUCACAAUCUCUUCCCAUGUUUAGCUUGUGAUCGAACGUUAUUUGCUGAAUGGGGACAUCUAGGGGUCUUCAUGGCUACCAACAUGCUGCAGCAUGCAGAAUAUAGAGUAACUUGGGACUGAAUAGCUUUUGGUCACAGCAGCACUGGUCAGGUUCCAUAUGCCCAGAGCACUCUGUCUUGGAGCAACACAGCAACGUGGACUUCUUCUGACCAGGAGCCAUUGAAAUUGCACUGAACAAAUAUAGUCAGUUCCAACAGAGAGAGUUUGUGGUGAUGUAGCAUGGAAAGAUGUUGCAUCAGUCUAGCACAGUUGAGUUGUGCAUUGUGCCCUUGCGGGCAGCUUUGGCAGAUGAUUCACUAAAAUUUAAUUUCGCUCUGAUUCCGUUGCAUACAAGUCCAGUGUCUCUCUGCUUCCUGAUUCUUUUCAUCCCAGCCUUCAAUACCAGUCUCUGGCCAAAAUAUUGGAGCACAUGGUUCUAGGUUUUGCAGUGUUCCCCCUGUCAUCCCUUCAACACACUCCAGCUGUCAUGAGCAAUUUAAUUAAACAUAUAUAUUAAAUGUAAGCAUACUUGUACUGUUCAAAUAAUUUCCCCCACUAGCAGGAUUUUGAUGUUUUAGUUGUAGCUUUCUAAAUCUUUGGAUUUAUUAGAUCCUAUAUAUAACUUCCAUUUUCCAGUGCCACCUUACCCUUGCAGUUCUGGAAUAUUUAAAGUUUCUGGUUUUGUACUGAAUAUUUGGACUUCAGUGCUUUAUGUGCCUCCACAAGGCAGUUCUGAAACUCUGUUCAUGUUAAUCAGGUGUCACCAGCUUUUUUUUUUAAUGUAGUGGGCAACGGUCACAAAAUGUGGGCAUGGCAUAACGCAAAACGGCUGCCACAUCUAAAAGAGCAAAAAAGAAAGAAAAAGGACCACAAAAUGGUGCAGCCAUUCUUCCUCCUAUCAGCUGCCCCAUCAAUAGUGGGAAAAGGAACCCACAUCAGAGAGAAGCUGUUUGUUUCUUGCAUUGAAUAAAAUGUAGACAUGUUUAAGAGGCUCAGGCACUAAGAACUAAGCAGGAACGCCAAACAGUCUAUUGUGGAUUUUUACUAAGAUCAUUUAUGGGUGCCAUGAAAGGUGCUGGCACCUGCAGGCACCAAGUUGAAGUGAGCUAACCAUUUGAGUGCAAGGCUCUAGUUUGCUGAGAUGUUAUCCAGCAUGACUGCUAGAGAAAUUUUCUCAAGUAGCUAGCAAAACCAGAGGAUUUUGAAGUCUUGAUGUUCACAGCCUGUACAAGGCUAUGAAGCAGUGUUCACCUGCAUGGCUCACGACGUUUUUCAGGAAAUAUCUAGAAAAGUUUUCGACCGGAAAUACCUGCAGGCAUAAGCGGGACCUGGGUGAGAGAUCACAUGGGAGCCCUUAUCUGUGUCCCUUGAGUUCAUUGUAAUGUAAUAAAUGUCCUUACAGUAGGCAGAACAAAUGGUAUGUAUGUGUUUUCCCUCCAGCCUCCACCUGCUCAGUCAAUGGUACAAGCUUUGGAGCUGCUCUAUGCAUUAGGAGGUAAGGUUCCUCUGCUGAUUGCCGUCAAAUUUUUCAGCUGAAUUGUGCACCAUUGCCAGCAAUGCUGUUAAGUUCAUUAAGGCCUUGCACUUUAGACUUAACUCCAAAAUGUUAAAAGCAAAACUGAAAUGUAAUAGUAGACUUUUAUUGUUAGCAUCUCAUGAAGAGCACGUCAGGCUUUUGAGAUGCUGGGAGAUAAUGCGUUUUCUUUAAACAAGGUAUUGUGGUUUCAAGAUAGUCAUUUAUCUCUACAAUCACUGUCUGAGUCGGGUUUCCAUGCUCAGAUUUUCUGCAGUUGCUUUCACAUUGUGUUCCCAUAAUAAUAAUUCUGUUUGGUUCGUAUGGAGACGCAUGUGCAAGGCAAGCCGCUGAUGGAUUUUCAUGGGUGGUUUGCAAGUACAGACAUGUGAACAAGCCUUUCUCAUUAUAUAGUCCGUUGGAGUAAUUGAGAAUUAUAAUAAGUAAAGCAGUCCUUCAAGGUGUGGGGUUUUCAUUAGAACCCUCUCUCUUUCCUAUUCUCAGCCUGUAUGGAUAUUGACUAUGUAGUUUUUAUAUAAAAGAAGGCACUAACUUAUAUAGCCAAGUUGGGAGUGACAGCUAGGCCCCAGUCUGCUAAUAGCAGCUUUGGCUAGAUGCUCCAGGAGCCCUCUUUGUCCUCUGUGAUAAUACCUAUAAUCGGAGUUUGCUAUCAAAUCUAUUUGCAAAGCAUGCAUAAUUAAAUCCUACAGUAAAAGAAGUAAGGGUGUGUUAUAUAUGUGCCGCUACAAGAUCAAAGACCAUGUGAGGCAGCUACCUUGCGGCAGCUGGGAAGAUAUGGGUCUGGUCAGUAGCUGAAUGGGAGCCAUCAUGGGAAUACCGUGUUUACCACCUUUAGCUCCAAGGUAGAAGAAGGGUGGGCUUAAAUGUAGUAAAAUAAAAAUGCUUCUGCUUUGCCUCAUGGAUGAAGUCAGCACUGCAGUGGUAUUCAGGCUGCUGCUUUUGGCUUACUGGUGGAGUUAAUAAACAGCAGCUUGUCUAUAAUCCGAUGGAGUGCCCAAGAAACCCAUCUUGCAUGCUGCAGAAUGGCUUGUCUCUGAUUCUCCCAGCAGCUCACAGUUUCUGCUUUUUAGGCGCAGGAAUAAAUUUUAGCUAGAAUUUUAGUUCCGCAGAAUAGUACAUGCAGUAUCACAGUACCUCUCUGUGGAGAGAGUCAUGCCUAUAAUUAAUUUGUUUUGAAAUACUUUAUAACCCUGUGUUGAGUCAUCAGUAUGUAUUUGCAUUUUAUAUUGCUGCUGUUUUUCCUGCAGGGCUUGAUAAAUAUUGCCGCCUCACGGAACCUCUUGGAAUCAGGAUAGCUGAGUUUCCUUUGAACCCCAUGUUUGCAAAGAUGCUCCUAGAAUCAGGUAAUGCCAGUGUCAUGCAACUGUAAAUCAGCUUGUGUAUCGUUAGUCCAGCUUAAUUAAUUUGCUGUAAGUCUCCCAGUGACUUCUAUGUUGUGGUACGUGGCAUACAAGUGCCAUAAAUAAAUCCACCUCUAUUGUGUUUGUUUUUGUUGCUGUAAACUUAUUAUUUGUUGUUCGAGCUGGAUACCAUAAUGUGAACAAAUGAGUCUUUGAAUGCCGGAUGCAACAGAGAAUAGUGAAGAAAGUAGUUUGCAUACCUAGGUUUUACAUUGAGCUGGAAGCCUUUAAUCCACUGCAUGGCUCUGGAGCAACAACAGGCAACGCCACAGUAGAUGGUAUUAGAUUGCUGCCAGAAUCUCAAGCAAUAUGGGAUUUUAGUUGGAUUAUCUUCUGUCUGGUUGCUAGUGGUGAGCAGACGUCCUGCGCUCCCUGCCUCAACUUGAUUGAGAACUGAACAUGUGUGUUAAAUAAAUGUAGUCCAUCAACAGCUGCUGUUCUGGUAUUUGGCCUGCUAUCACUAUGUUAUUGUUAUUAUUAUUUAAUUAAAUUUAUAUACUGCCAGGGCUGUUUACCGCAUGUUCUAACCUAGAAAAUAGCUGCUUCAACAAGCAUUUUGAAAUGACAUUUAGAGUUUCUGUUCUCCACUACAUAGCAGAAGCAAAAUAUUAGGAUUGUAUCCAAGGAUAGCACCUGGCUAGCAAAAGUUUUCCCACUUGCACAAAGUGAGGCACCCCGUUUCCAUCAAUCUCUCGAACCCAUUGCGGCCCUCUAUGCUAUAUCCCAUACAGUUCCAGGGAGUCACCAAGGCUUUAGAGAAGCCUUUUUGUUGUUGGGAAGAGGGAUUGUACUAAGUUAGAGGGAUUGGUGAAAACUGGGUGCCCUGCCCUGCAGAAGCACUUCUCUUAGAUGGAGCCUCCACUUUAUAUAACCCAUAGUGUUUCCUGUCAUAUAGUUCUGUGAGAGCUGUUAUAGCUAUUUUUUAUCCAGCAUGUGUGAGGUGAGGAAGACAUUUUUUUCUCAAUGUGCUUUGUGUUGUCAGUGUAAAAGUAAAGUUCCUUCUCCCCUAAACUCAUUUUGCAGGGAAUUUUGGCUGCUCCCAGGAGAUCCUGAGCAUUGCAGCCAUGAUGCAGAUCCAGAAUAUCUUUAUGAUUCCUCCAAACCAAAAGACACAAGCUGUAAGUGCCCUUUCUGAACUCAGCUGUCUUACAUUGGUGCUCAGCCACUGGAACUCACUGCCCAGGAAAUCUGUUUGCCCUCGCUGCUUAACUGGUGUUGCAAUGCAAACUGAAAAAAUGUUGUUCCAGCAGUUCUGUUGCCUUGGCUCUCAUUAUUUCUGGCUCUUUCUGUUCUGUUCUGUUUUGUUGUUUUCAUAUGAUGCUUCUUGCUUUCCAUUUUAAUUAUGAUUGUUAUUUAAUCUUUGUUGCUGUUAACCACCUUGGGCAUAUUUUGCAAGAAGUGGAAAGCUGCAAUAUAAUAUUUUUUUGAGUGAGCUGCUUGCUUUCAGGUUGUGGGGAAAGGAAUGAAAUACUCAUUUCAACUUUUUCUGAGAGGUUGGAAAAUGAAUGAUUGAAUAGCUAAAGAGAUUAUUCCACUGAAAAGAAAUGUUGGACAGACAUACAAAUUAUGUCUAAGUUGAAAACAUUGCAUUACAUUUAUUUGUGCGUACCUUCUAGUGGCAAGUGGUGAGCAUGAGAAUCUUACAGUAUGUUUAACUUUUCUCCAAAGAUUUAUUAGAAAUACAUAGUAGUUUUAAAUACUGGGUAUGUGUGCUAUUUCCCUUAAAAAUGCUUUUAACAAAAAUAAUGUUAUUCAUAGAAGAAAUUGUAAGUACUAAAUGCGGAAAGGAAUAAGCGGUGAUGGUAGAUGCACUGAAAAUUGUAAAGGUUGAGGCUUCUGUUCUCAAAUUUGUUCACAAAUGGAGUCCUAUUGAUAUUGCUGAAUGUGGUUUUUGUCUAAAGGAUGUCUGUGGGGUUUUGAUGUUGCCACUUUUCCAAAAUGUUCCUCCUUUUCAGAUCAGAGAACACAGAAAAUUUGCUGUGGAGGAAGGCGACCAUCUCACUAUGCUUAAUGCGUAUGAAGCCUUUAUAAAAGUAAGUAAGCUCAAAAGGAGGUACGAGAUUUUUGCCGGCCUUGAAUCCAGUUGUUGUGGAUGUUAGAAGUUUGGGGACGUCCAUCAUAGUAAUUAACAGGAUCAGAUGUGUGUUGUGAGCUAAGCAAAGUCAGUUCUGGUUUUGAUGUAGGCAGGGAGUUGUACAGAGCCCUAAAGCUCCACUUAGUUUGAUCGGAGAAUAUAUUCAUCUAAAUCGAGCUAGGUUUGUCCUGGUGUGUAAAAUCACAGCCCCACUGGUAUUAGAUAUAUUUAAAGCAUUAGAGUACAUUACCAAAAGCUCCAUUCAUCCAUUCUUUGAAUUCAGAGAUCCACAGCAUGCCCUGCAUAUUAUGACAAUACAUUCUGAAGUUUAUUUUGCAGUGAAGACUAGGAACUUGUAUGUAAGUUGUGAUAUUUAAAACAAAUGCUGAGGCUCUCAAGUUUCACACAGACCAUGUCCUCUGCCAACCCAUGACCUUGUAGAAUAUUUGUUUACCAUCAUGUUUGCUUAUACUUGGAGUGUAAAAAAAUUAUGAAAAUGCUUUGACUGCAGAAUUCCCUCAUCUAUAAUGGCUUUGUCAACUAAAAUUUAGAUUCAGAAUGCAAAGAAAUUUGAUAGUGGCACACAUAAUUCCUCACAACAUUGGAACACGGGGUCAUCCAGUGAAACUGAAUAUUAGUUAACUUUUGUCUGUCCUGAAUCUUCUAUGCCCACACAGAACAUAUUUAAACUCUGGGAUUUGCUACCACCAGAUGUGGUAAUGGCCACUAAAUUGGACGACUUUAAAUGCUGUUAAGACAAAUUCACAGAGGGCAAGGCUAUCAAUGGCUACUAGCCAUUAUGAUGGUGCUGCCUCUGAUAUUGGAGGCAGUUUGCUCCUGAACACCAGUUGUUGCAGAUCAUAAGUGGGAAAAGUUCUUUUCAGCUCCUAUUUCUGGCCUUCCUAUAGGCAUCUUGUUGGUCACGGUGAGAAUAACCUACUGGCCUAGAUGUGUCUUUUAUCUGAUUCAGCCAGGCUCUUCUUAACAUUCCUAACAUGAGAUUUUCCCAGGAUCAACUGAUAUGUUUGAAAUGUAGGAGUAGCUAAGUACCAGAGUCUCCUUUCCAGAUUCCGGCCUUCAGCAUGACCUGUUCUUGCCAGGAGAGUUGUAGGAUUUUAGACUGAUCUUUUGCAAACUGUUUUUUGGCUGGUGCAUGCAUCCCCACUCACAUAAUAUUAGGAAAAGAAACCUGGAGAUAAAGUCAGAGCUAACACCUUUAUAAAGCAAGCUUUUUAAGGCAGUUCAGCUGUUCCUUUUUCUUUGCAGCACAACAAGAGUUCCCAGUGGUGUCAAGAUCACUUUCUGAAUUAUAAAGGUCUUGUCCGAGCCACAACUGUGAGAGAGCAGCUGAAAAAACUUCUUGUCAAGUUCAAAGUACCAAAAAAGUCCAGUGAAGGCAAGAGAGAAGAGAUCUUGGCAAUUUCUUAUUUAUUGCCUAUACUCUGUUUAGUACAAAAAAACCCCAGAAUUGCCAACUGUGAGCUGCAUGGGAGCUUCACAACAUUUGUCGCAUUGGUUUCUUUCCAUUGUGCGUUAAUCCAGUGGUGGCUGUCUGCUGAUGGAAGAGAAUGCAUUAACAGAAUGUGGCAAUUUGUGGUGGUCUCCCAAUCUUCCUUUAGCCCAUUCCCACUCUAAAUCUGCUCCAGAUAGUUGAGGGACCUUCCAGAGCAGAUUUAGUGUGGCAUAGGGGACUGCAGUGAUGGGUAGGGGUGCCACCAAAAAUUACGGCCUCCUGUUUUUCUGAAUGAAAGUUUUCCGUCAGUGGACAGUCACCGUUGGAUUCCACUCUUGCUUUUUUUAGCAUGAUAUUUUUUAUCCAUUUGCUUUACACUGCUUCAGUGAUGUAUAUUGUGUUUUUACUACUGUAAAAGCUUUCUAAUGUACUAAGUGUAGAGCACCUAUUCCUCACUUUUACAUUCAUUUCAGUCUUUGUAUAACAAGCUUGAAUAUUUAUUUAAACCCAUGAGUUCUGGAAACUGGAAUAGACUUUAUUAGCUUUGCAGACAGCCCUUUUGGCAUCUGAGACUUCCCUCUUCCUUGCAAAGUCUAUUUAUGUUUGACUAGAUUAUAUGUUGCAUUGGGGGCGGGGGGAGCCAGGCAACAGUAUAGUGUAUUGUGGAAACAGAAGUGAACACACCUAACCAGAAAAAUUGCUUAAGCAGGAAGGUGCUUAUUAAAGAGAACACAAUAAUCAGAAGCAUGCUCGGCAUAAGUUAAAUGCGUACAUACCUUGGAUCCAGGUGUGUGUGAUUGUAAACAUAAAGGGCAUACAUGAUAAAUGUAAUCACAGGGAAAUUGUUAUUAAGAUUUAUUCUUCACCCUUCAAUUAAGUUAUCAGGAUAGCUAACAAAAACCCAGUUCUGUAGUACAAUACAAUAAAAUGUUACCCGCCAUAGUACUUGAAGUUCAGUGUAUGUUAAAACUACUGAAAUUGUAGGUGAUAUUCAACUACGUUUUACUCAGAGGAAACUCAUUGAAAUUAAUUAACAUGACUUAGUGUGCUCUGAGUAAAACUUGCAUACCGCCCUAUGUAUGUAAAAACAAAAAACAAAAAACCCCGAAACAGGUCUGGAAGAAUGCUUCCCUCCUCCUCUUUUUGUUAAACAGUUGCCAUAGUAAGGAAAAGCUUAGGGCAGAUGCAUGUAGUGAUUUUUGUUGUUUUAAUGGAAAGCAGAUGUCAAUUUCAGCAGAUGAAUUGCUGCUGAACACACACACACACACACACACACACAAGAAGGGAUGGGAGCUUAGCGACUUUUCAUCUGGCUCCCCCCCGCCCGCCCCUUCACUCCCUCAGCUCCUUUUUCACCUAGGUAGAAAGGAUAUGUGCCUGCAUUAUUUCCCUUUGCAAGUGGAAGAGCAGCUGGGGGGAGGGAGUGGUGUUGAACAGAAAACCAGCAGUAGAGAAAGGUUAAGCAUCCCCUACCAUUCUAUUCUCAAAAUGUCAGCCUCCUACAGCUGGUUUUUGUUCAAACUUUUUUAAAAAAAACCCCAGACAAUGUGUUACAUGUGUUUGCCCUGCAAAAUUUAGUUUGGUCCUUCCAGAAGAUGUCCGAGAUCUGUCACAUCUCAGAAAGUGAUUUCCACAGAUAAAUGAUCAGCUCCACCUAUUUUAUCUGGUUGUGAUAACAAUUCAAUCAUCUAUUGAGCUUCAAAAGAGAUAAAACAGCUAUGUGAUGCUUAAUAUCCCAAAUAAUGAGUACUAAACUAAGUGAAAUUUUAAAAAUUCCUUCAGAGUUCCACUUUCCCCCCUGCUCAUUUGCGAUCACUUGACUAGGCACUUAAUUUGCUCUUGACCAUUGGCCACACUGGCUGGAGUUGAUGUGAGUUGUAGUCCAAAACAUUUGAAGCACACAAUGUUGGAGAAAGCUGGUGUUAUCUGAUGAGCUUUGUGGAAUGACUGGUCCAUUUCCUCCUUUUAGGAGAUCCAGACCCUGUUCUAAGGUGUAUAGUUUCUGGAUUCUUUGCUAAUGCAGCCAGAUUUCACUCUACCGGAGCAUACAGGUAAAUGUGAGGUUUGUUGUGAUAAGCAUCCCAAAAUGAAAAAAAACACUGCCCUGGCUUUACUAGUGAUAAUUACUGUAGUUCAGGCCUCUGAGAGUAAGGGGAAGAUAAAAGGGAACAUAGUGGGGCCAUAUAGAUCAGAAUUGUCUUUAAAUCCUUACAAAGGGUUCAUUGGAAAGCCAGUAGCCAUAAAAAAAUAAUGAUGCUUCCUUGUCAGUACCAUCAGCUGGUAAUACGUCAGGUUGAAACAAAUUGGCAUUCUGUCUCCUGGCUUAGUUGAGCUUCAACAGCUUAGAAGAGACUGGAAAAAAACUUGAAGCAGUCCACUAAGUGGACUGAGCAAUAUUUCAGGCGAAUAAGAGGUAAGGAAAGGUAUUUCAAAGGCACCAAUAAAUAAACAAGCUUCCAGGUCACUUUUCAGCAUCCUUUGAUAGUUUUGCUUAUCUACGAUCAGGCUUAUAACUGAGGGGGGGGAAAGGUGUAUUUUUAGGCACAGUCCCAUUGCUGUGUAAUGAAUAAAUAUUAUAAGUCUAAAAUAAUUGUUGUUCUUUCAAGGACUAUUCGUGAUGACCAUGAACUUUAUAUACACCCCACCUCAGUGCUGUAUGCAGAGAAGCCUCCUCGUUGGUACGUUGAAAAGGUUUUCAUUAGUGUGCUGGUUAAGCUUGACACUCUACAUCGUUGAGAGUUGCUUCUUUCACAGAAUACAGCCCAUCUGGUAGAUUGUGGCUUCAGAAUGAGCGCUGUACUCUUCAUUCCACACUACACUUACAUCGAGAAAAAGCGAUAAAGGUAGAUGGAGCACUACCAGCAACAAGUUGUAGAAGUUGUUGCAUGACUGGGAAGCCAAGUAGCUGGUUUCCCCCUCCCAAACAGCAGGAUCAAGAAGCUUGUGAUCUGAGAGGGUGUAAACAUUUGCUUCCAUGAGAGUGGGGAGGUUUGUAAUGCCUUUACAAAGGCGUGCAUGUGAAAUUCAGCAUAUCUUAUGCAUAUCCUCCAAUUUUGAAGGAUGAUGCGAUGAGCAAUAACCGGUAGUGAUGCCUUUGUGUUUUGAUUGCGGUAUAAAAAUGUACACUUGCAUUAGAUGGUUUUCCAACCAUUGGGAAUGACAUUCCAGGCUCACUAGUAACCCAAUCCACAUCAAGUCAUAAGGAGAAAGUAGGCAACAUAGAGAGGGAUCUUUUAUAUAGGGAAUUCAGGUGGGAACAUGCAUAAAGAUAGUGGGUGGUAUUCAUAUUUUAUACAUAGUAAACCCAUUGAAAUUAAUGGACAUGGCUAAGUCAGGUCUGUUCUCGGUGAAACUUAGUUGAAUACCACCCAGUGACUUUUGAAUUAAGGCUUGGUGUCUAGAUGUUGAAACCUUUCCAAUGCAAUAUUAAGGGGAAAUGUAUUCAAAUGUUCUCUUAGUGGAUGUGCCUUUUCUUGCUGUAUUUUUAGGGUUGUCUACAAUGAAGUCAUGCAGACCUCCAAGUAUUACAUGCGAGACGUUACAGCAAUUGAAUCUGCUUGGCUAUUGGAACUGGCCCCUCACUUUUACCAGCAAGGAACGGUACGGACUCGGCAUAGCCUCCAAACGGUACCAUUGCCGUAUUGGCAGCUCUUGUUAUUCUAUGCUUUUACCUGUGCUUGCAAAAUGGGUUUGCAUACGUAUAUCCCCUCUCCCCACCACCCCAGCUUUGCUUGUCUUUAUUUAAUUGUUUGACAGUUACCAAUAAUUAAUAAAACUCUGUUCCAGAUGAAGAUUACUUUAUAUCACUAUUAUGCAGAUAAAUUAACUUAAAAAUCACAAAAAUCACUUCUAGCAGUGCCUCAUGGGGUAAGUAGUCCAAGUUGUAGUGUAGCUAUUGCCUAAAGCUCCGACCAGUUUGUGCACCACAACUAUCGCAAUACAGUGCCUCCAACUGGUCUGGAAGAGUUUGAUGAUCAAUUGUAUCAAAGGCUUUGAGAGGUCUAGCAGUACGAAAAGGAUUGUGCUCCCUCAGUUGAGUUCUCGGUAUAAUCUACCAGAGCACUUUCUGUUCAGAACAGUGGCCUGAAAGCUAAGUGAUAAUGGAUCUAGAAAAAUCAGUUUCACACGAAUAUCUGCUCCUUGCAUUUUCAGUGUUAUACGGCACUACAGUAACCAUAUGCAACCCAGUACACAAAACCUGUAUGCUUGGGCAGUGUGUGAACCCAUCCUGAAAUUAUUGAUAUUGUCUGCUUUGUGUCCUGUAAUGCAUUCAAAUCGAUUGUGCUGCAGAACAUAAAAAAGUUCUGGAAGUGGUUUUGGCCACUUAGCAAAAGUGUUUCAGGUAUGGUUUGAGAAGGAAAUGAGCCAACACCACAAUUAUAUUAAAUCUUCUAGGAAUCCAGUAUCUAUAAUUAAGUGAGUUGAUAGCACUAAAAUAUUCCAAUAUUGUGCCUCCCUGUGUCACAUAUAAAGUGGUGCCUUUAACUACACAGCAUUUAUGCAAAUCAUUAUUCCAUUACUUAAUCAAAAGUAACUGGCAAUUUCUAUAGUAAUUGCUCAUAAUUAUCAUAGCUUCAUAUUAUAUGACUCCAUAGGCAUGUUGUACCUCCUUGUAUGACUAGAAAUUCUGGCAGAGACUUCUCAGUGAAAAGGCUGGCACAAUUUAAAAAUAAUAUCAGUUAUGUGUGAUUGGUCAGAAUUACACAAAUAUAUGGAAAUUUGUUAAAUUGAAUAUUUGUUCAAUGUUAGUUAUAUACAGAGUAGAUUCAUUUAAGUUAAUGGAAAUGGUUAACUUAAGUCCGUCGUUUUCACUGUAUCUACUCUAAAUAUCACUUGAUGGAUGCAACCCAGUGUUUUGGGAGAUGGGGGCAAUCUAUUUUUGACUGUUUUUGUCCAGAAUGAAAAAUAAUAGUCGUAUCAGCAGGACAACUUCUUCUUUUUCUUUUUUUAAAGAAAAGCUUCCAUCUUUGAACAUAACGCAGUCAACAGCAGAAACUAGGAGGCUGUUCCACAAUGCAGGAACUAAGGAUACCUGACUCUGUGAACCAUUUGAUGCAAAAUCUCUAAAUUGUGAGACUUAGUGGCAUCUCCAGAUAUGAGAGCUCAGGUAGAAAUUGUUGCGUGGAGGUGUUCCCUAAGGUAUCCUGAGUUCCUACCGUAUUGGGAUGCAGCUUCCUAUUUUGAAGCUUGAAAAGUAGAAAUGUGAGUAACUCACAUACCUACUUUUUACCACUUCUAAGAAUGCGCAAAGUGACUUUAAAGCUGUCUUUACCUGUUACCUGCAGCAGUGUGAUUGGUGCCACAUUGUUGUUGUAUCCCACGCUACUCUGGUAGUAUAAGGGGUUUUUUUUUGGCAGAAGUGAUUUGGGCACAAUAUCAAGGCAGUUAUUGCUACCAUGUUGUGUAAAUGCACUCAGGUCUGUGUAACAGGCAUGAUCCAGCAUUUUAUACCUUAUAGAGUAGUGUUGGAGCAACCAUAAGAUGGCAGAAGCCACAUUUCUCCAUGUAAAAUGCAGAAUAACCCCAAGGCGUACCUGCUAGUGCUAAAUGCUGGAGGUUGGGUAAUAGUAUGCUUCUGGAGACAAAGAGAGAAGAGAAGGAAUAAGACAGGCAUAGGUAAACUUGGCCCUCCAGAUGUUUUGGGACUACAAUUCCCAUCAUCUUGGGCCACUGGUCCUGUUAGCUAGGGAUGAUGGGAGUUGUAGUCCCCAAACAUCUGGAGGCCCGAGUUUGCCUAUGCCUUGAAUAAGAGAACUCUUGUAAAUAGCUUGAUCCCACACCACAAGCAUGCACUGGAAGGCAGAAACCCUCUUCUUGGAAAGACUGGUUGGGUGCCUCUAUAAUGCUAGAGUUGCUGUUGGUGUGAUAACCUGUUGUCUUUGCAAUAAAUAAAGGCAUUACCCUGACAGCAUUAAUACUGUUAUGGUAGAUAACAAUAUAGCAGAUGUUUUCCUUAAGACAAGUUAUUACAAAACUCAGCAAUGUUGCAGGUGAGCAGGGGUGUUUUUGUUUAAGCACCAGGCAGCGAAGUCGUCUAUGGCUUUUUAAAUAGCACUGAUUCCUAUACUGGCAAUGCUGGCGGGCUUGAUGUGCUUUCUCGGCUAUUGCAAAAUGACAUUCUAGUUGGCGUAGAGUUCCUAAUGCAGGACGGAAUUUGUGGCUAACACGGAGACUGAUGUAAUUUGGAAUAGAAAAGUAUAUUGCUUGGAGCAUUUAUGAGUUUUAAGAAAACCAAAAACGAUGCUUUUGUUUCUUUGCAGCACCUUUCCCUGAAAGCCAAAAGAACUAAAGUGGACGAUCACUGACUCGCUGCGGCUGUCAAACUUUUCAGCGUGAGACGCAGAACCUGCCGCCAAUUUGAAACUGUGCUACUGUCUAUCCAACAAUUAGUUGAUUAGCAACCUGACCCCACAUCAACUAUAACUGUUGAAAUGCCUGCCUGCCAGGAUCCUGUAGGGAUUUUUGCAUGACCAAUACAUUGUAACACUUAAGUAGAGCUUGCAUUGUGGAUAUUUUUUUAUCCUACAGUCUUAAAUGUGAUGACCGCUCCUGUUCCCCAGGGCAAUUUUGCUCCUUUUAAACUAGGUAGUUUGAAACUAACAGUACAAAAGAAGACAUAACAAAAUUGUAGGGAAUUUCGCAAUAUGUGGAUAGCAACACUUGAACCCCUUGGGGAGGAAGGGGGAGGGUGGGGGGGAAACGACACCCUCAGAAUGAGGAGGUGGCGCUCAGGAUCCUUUAGACCACUGUGAAAGCUGUUGGUCAUCCUAGACCUGCCUGCAAAUUGUAGGCAGAUUUGGGACCACAAGCAAAGCCUUGAAAUACCUUAAUGGGUUGCAAUGAAAACCUUGAAACUGUGAUUGUGCCUAACUGCUGUGAUUUUCCUUUUUUUUGCUGUCAAGCAAUAGGUUUCUAAUACUAUUCUUUCCUCCUUCCCAUUUUUUUUCAUGACUUGCUUUCAAGCUGAACCUGUUUCCAUAAACAUGAUGUGUUAAUGUGCACCAAAGUUUCCCACCCACCCCAAAGUUUAAGCUCUUUUAGAGAGGAGUUUAAUUGGGCAGGAUGUACAUUACGUUCGCAAGCAAGGUUGGAUGCAAGUUGCUUUCCUUUUUGUUUCAGAAUGAGAAAUAACUUGAGGAGCAGCCUCUUGUAGAAAUAAUCUGGUUGUCUUACUAACUUUUUUUGAUCCUGUGGAUGUUGAAAAACUGCCUUGCUGAAUCCGUGGUCUUGCAAAUCUUGCUUUGGAGUGAGAGUCAUGAUUGCCACCACCAAUCAGACAGUUGGCAGUUAUAUAUUUUACAAAAGUAUAAACCUCUUUGCAGCCUGGAAGCCAUCUAAGUAACAUAUAACAAGAUAAAUGGGGUGGUGGAAGGGGGAAUCUGUAGAAAAAAAGUGUUGACUACACACAAGUGAGGAGUACCAUCAUUAGAUAGACACAGGAGGACUAUCUUGAGAGGAAGUCCUCUUUUGUUCUCCAGACUGCAGAGGAGGAAGUUGAAGAGGUGCCUUUCACCAGGAAGUGGGACAGAGGCAGGGCCACUUAGACCUCCACCGAGUGUCCUGAAGAUACUUCCUGUUAUUUCCAGACAAAAAACCCACACCAUUCCUUAUUCUGCUUCUGAUGUCACUACAGUAUAAGAUUGAAAGAUGAUCUAUGAGGAGAAGUUGGGUCUUCUCAUCUCCUUAUGCUUCUUAAUCCCUUUCCUUGAGUGCAAAUUUUCCUUGCUUCCAUCCUGAAUAGAGGUAAUAUCUGAUUAGAACGAGUGCAAUAAGUUUUAAGUUCCCAGCUUGCAAUUUGUAGAACUGACCUGUUUUCAGGAAAUGUUCCUGUUGCUAUGUGAGCUAGUGAAAUCUAUCUGAUGGUGCUGCCUUUAGGUCAGUGAACGCCAUUGUGCUUCCAUGAACCCUGGAAAAAAAAAAGUGUAUAGGAUACAUGGUGAACUUAGCAGACUACCUUCCUCAAGGGUGAAGUGUGGUCUUUGUAGCAUGCACUGGUUAAACUGCAGUUGCUGCCUUUCCACAAAAAGACCCUUUGUUGCAUCAGCAAUAUAGUUUCAGAUAAGUAAAUAUUUAUUUUCACAUAACAUAUAUUUUACAGUGAUGUGGUUUCAAUGCGUGGGUUUGGUUUUAGACCAUUGGGUUGUUAUUGUUGUUUUUUGAAUACCUUGUUCCUUCGCCUCUUUUUAAAACAUAUGUAAAUGACAGCAUUUUAUUGUUUUUACACAGAAUAAGGGUCUUCCUUGCCCUGGAUGUGCAUUAAGAGCCACUUUUUUCAGAUCUUCCCUCCUAUUCUGCUCCCCACAAACCUGCAAAGAAGCUUGUUCUGUCCGAAUGUGGUCCACUCAGUGUCUUUGUGCUGUAUAUAUUAGCUUAACAAAAUUUCAUUCCCACCCCUGGAAUUCUGAUGCAACUGGGUUUGUCCCUCACUUUCUCUCUCUCUGUAUGUGAACUCUGUAGAGCUGGGGUUGUCUUUUUAUUUUUAUGUACUGUGUGGUGUCCAGAAUAUUGUUGACGCUCCGUUAUGGGCAUCUGAACUUGUAUCUAAAAGCUGUUUUCCCUUUCAAGGAGCUUACAAAGACCCGGAUACAAAGUGUGUAAAUUUCCAUGUUGCUUUGUCCUCUGGUAUCAUACUUUAUAGAGAAAAAACAAAUAAAGCUGUGGAAUUAAGAAAUAUUGGAUUGUUGUGCCUAUUAAUGCUUACUAAGUUGUGG